CUCGUUCCCGCCAGUGGGCACUCCGCUUCGGGAGUGUGCUAAAAUCAGGGGGAUCCUUGCCCAAGCUGGCUCGCUGGUCGGAUUCUGUGCUCCAGUUGGUGUUCCGGUUUAGAGUCGUGCUGUUGUUUUUCCACCUUUUAUCUCCGUGAAAACCGCAGCGUGGAAAUGCGCGUCUGAGGAGGGAUUUCGGACGGAAAUCAGAUGAAGAAAAACGAACCCAAAAGUGUGAGCAGGAGCAGCCAGGAAGAACACAGAGCAAAGAUGGUUGGCGCAGUGGUGGAAUUUAGGGAAAGGGAAAAUCUGUUAAAGAUGAGCUGGUGAACGGUUUAGUGGUGCUGUGCCAGUGAUAACGGAAACCGAGCAGAAAAUGCUGGAUCAUUUGCGGAUGUUGCCUGGCAGGUGUUGGAGACCAGUAUCGAAAUGAGCUAUCCUUGCUGGAAAAGGACCACCGAUAAGCGGAAAGAAAAAUGGAUUUAAGUAGGGGUUCCGUGGCUCUUCUUAGUUGAGGAAUUUUGUGCAGAAACCUUCAGCGGACCAAAAUCCUGACCAAACCGAAAAUCCUGCACAUAUAUACAGCUAUCCGUUGGAUUCUCUGGAGUGUGCGUGUGUGUUUGCUCUCCGUGUGGAGCUAAGGGCGAAAAGUGUGAAAAGUUGAAGCCAAAAAAAGAAAGACGACAGAUCAGCAGCAGUGGGAAAUUUUCGCAAAAUGAAAAAUUAUGUAGGAGUGAAACGAGCCAUGUGAAAAGUGUGCGGUAAACGGAAGAAAAACGCGUGAGCGUAAGCCCCGAAAAGUGAGCAAAGAAGAGCUGCAAUUUUCUUUGCGACUACGGAAAAGCCCGAGAGUGAAGAGAGCGCAGCAGUUACCAGUUGUAACCCCUGGAGUUUGAAGAAACAAGGGCGCGAGCGUUGUGUUUCUCGGUGUUCCGUGUGUGAAGGAUCUGAAUAGUUCGGAUUAUGACUCUCUCGCUCUCCUAAGAGGCUGCGUGUGUGUGUGUGCUUGUCGCCCGACGUGAUAAUGUUUGCGUUCAAAGAUGUGACCAAAUGUGGCACCCCACAUCCGUUAACGGAACCUAAAACAACGCUGUAAAUCGCUUCACAGUAGAAAUCAACUCCAAUCGGAAGAGAAGGGUUGCAAACACGAUUCAGAUCUGCACCGGGUAGCGUAACAUUCCAAACGUGUGCACAACGGAAGUAACGGAGACAAAAAUACGACCAACAUCGCAUCGUUCCAAUGUGCAGCCAAACUCGACACGGCAUAUCCGGUGACAGUGGCUGCACAACCACCGCGACCACCGCCAUCAUCGUCAUCUCGGUCAGUGCCAGCGACGACAAGUGCCAACCGGGGGUAGUAAUUAGCAUCGGAACUAGCAAUCCCAGCGGAAGCAGUAGUCACUGUAGCAGUGACACGUGGAACGGUCAAAUCGCGCCGCGCUUGUUUUCUUAUCGAUUGCUACUAUUGCCAGUGAAACCGGGGAAAGGGCACAGCUUGGAAUCAUGAAAAUUUCAUCAUCCCGAAAUAGCAAAAACAACAGACACAGUCACAGCAGCUCCGACGGGAGUCGUCACGAAAGCAGUGGGAUUGGCACCGGUCGACAUCAGGUACGCUUGGAGCGAUCAAUCGCGGCAAUAUAUCGUGCAAAAUUGAAAAAGUGGAAAUAGUAAUCGUUUCGCAGUCGCGCGUGACGGAAUCAAUAAUCACGCUCGCCCAUACAGGACCGCAGCCGUCGAGAGAACUUUUGCCAAGAAGAAGGAGUAUCACGAGUUCUCAGCUUCGACUAACAUACUGCCAACACGCCACUGAAACCGCCAACACGCUUCGAUUCGCCUAGGCUAACUGGAAUUGGUCCUCGGAUCUCUUUGUCUCACACACACGCUCUCUGCCCGACGGAUACAGUGGGAAUCCGCACGAGCCCUGUUUGAGGAUAGGUUUUCUUUCCGGGCUAGCCAGAACCAGAACCAGAAGGGAGCAGAAAAGGAGGGGAAAAGUUUUUCUCCUCACGUUUAUAACAAAAGGACGAAAAAAAGGAAUCACUCGCACGCACGAAACUUCGCACUCGAAAACGAGGUGCGUUCCGGAAAAAUUGGAAAACGGUUGGGGGGAAAUCGAGGAACGUCAAUCCCCUUGCACGUCCGAAGAGAACGUGGUGUCAGAACACGGAACCACCAUUCCACAUUUAUCUUCCGAUUAGAUAAUUCGCUCGAAUCGAACCGGACAGAAGAGGAAUGUCAAGAAAAUGCGAAAUGCGAACCCUCAGCCGAUAAAACUAAACUAAGUAGUCGUUUAAGAGUUGUAUAGUAAACUUAUACUGACACUUUAAACAGUAAUUGAUAUUGACUAAUAAUACCAGCUAGUAUAUUACUCAUUAACAUUAAAAUAAUAAAGUUUCAUAAAGAGGACAAAGUUUGCUGCGAUUCAAUAAUAAUAUUAAUAAUAUCAAUAGUACUUUAACAAAUUUUCCACAAAUUGAAAUAAUAUUGAUAAAAUAACUAUAAAGGAACUGGAAGUUUAAUACAUCUUAAUAAUAAUAACUAAAAAAAAACAAAGUUCGAAUAAUAUGUUUGGAAAACUCAAUAAUAAACAGAGAAACUUAUCAAUGAAAAAUAAACAUCAACUAAUAGCAUAUUGUUAUUAAACGUAUUUAAAACAAAACGAAUCAUCUACUACUUGACGGCAAGUAAUAAAUAUCAUUAGCGUAUCCAACCUAACAAAUUUGAUAGAACGAAACCGGUACUGAACAUAACGCAAACGCACGCAAAAACGGAGAAUACAGAAGCAAACAAUCAAUCCAAAAGGCCAAUAGCACGACAGGAUUUAAACAAUCGCAGUCUACUGCUGAGAGAAGAAAAAAAACACGGAACAAACAACACUACAACACUGACUCGGAGAAAGGAUAAAGCCGAAAAGGAAAACAACAGCAACAGUUUGAAGUGUGAAAAUUCAUCUUCGUUAUCAUCUUCUCGGUGGAGCGCACAUUCAUCGCUAUCAUCGUGGCAACGGCAACAUGAAGAAGAUUCUGGUGAUCGUGAUCAAGAUGAUCAAGAUGAUCUCCAAAAUCAUCAUGCUGAGCCGAUAUCACAACUUUCGGUGCUACAAGCAGCUGCGGCUGUACAAGUGGAUCAUCGUGUUAAUGCUGAUCGCGAACUCGGUUAUGGCAUGUCUGGCCGGAUAUCACGAGAAGCGGUUGCUGCACGACCUGCUGGAUACCUACAACACCCUGGAGCGACCGGUGGUCAACGAAUCGGACCCCCUGCAGCUGAGUUUCGGUUUAACACUAAUGCAAAUCAUAGACGUGGAUGAAAAAAAUCAACUGCUCGUCACUAACAUAUGGUUGAAGCUAGAAUGGAAUGAUAUGAAUUUGAGGUGGAACACAUCGGAAUAUGGUGGUGUGCGAGAUCUACGGAUACCACCGCAUCGAAUUUGGAAACCAGAUGUUUUGAUGUACAACAGUGCUGAUGAAGGCUUUGAUGGCACAUAUCCAACAAAUGUAGUCGUACGUAAUAAUGGUUCUUGUUUGUAUGUGCCACCAGGAAUCUUCAAAUCAACAUGUAAAAUAGAUAUAACGUGGUUUCCAUUUGAUGAUCAAAGAUGUGAAAUGAAGUUUGGUAGUUGGACAUAUGAUGGUUUCCAGUUAGAUUUACAGCUGCAAGACGAAGCCGGUGGGGACGUGAGUAGUUUCGUGACGAACGGGGAAUGGGACCUGCUGGGUGUCCCCGGGAAGCGUAACGAAAUCUACUACAACUGUUGUCCCGAGCCUUACAUCGAUAUCACCUUCGCCAUCAUCAUCCGGCGGCGGACGUUGUACUAUUUUUUUAAUUUGAUCGUCCCGUGCGUGCUGAUAGCGUCGAUGGCACUACUCGGAUUCACGCUACCGCCGGACUCCGGAGAGAAGUUAUCAUUAGGUGUAACAAUUUUAUUAUCAUUGACUGUAUUUUUAAACAUGGUGGCGGAAACAAUGCCAGCCACAUCGGAUGCUGUUCCACUUUUAGGCACAUAUUUUAACUGCAUCAUGUUUAUGGUUGCAUCAUCUGUUGUUUCGACAAUUCUCAUUUUAAAUUAUCAUCAUAGAAAUGCGGAUACCCACGAAAUGUCUGAUUGGGUUAGAAUUAUAUUUUUGUAUUGGCUGCCAUGUAUUUUAAGGAUGAGCAGGCCAGGCAGACAUUUAUCGAUGGAGUAUCCGCCAACGCCAACGUCUGACAGUUCUGAGCGGAAAACGCACAUUCAGGACGUGGAACUGAAAGAGCGAUCAUCGAAGUCACUGCUAGCGAACGUAUUAGAUAUAGACGAUGACUUUCGUCACAACUGUAGACCACUAACCCCCGGAGGUACACUGCCACAUAAUCCAACAUACUUCAGGACUGUUUAUAGUAGCGAUGAUGGUAGUAUGGGACCGAUCGGAAGCAAUCGAAUGCCAGAUGCAAUUGCGCCACCACACACGUGUUUCACAUCAUCCGCUGAUUACGAACUAGCUUUAAUAUUAAAAGAGAUACGUUUUAUCACCGAUCAGAUACGAAAGGAAGACGAGGACAGUGAUGUCGCCAAGGAUUGGAAAUUCGCAGCAAUGGUAGUGGAUAGAUUGUGCCUUAUAAUUUUCACGUUUUUCACAAUAGUGGCAACCAUAGCUGUUCUAUUUUCGGCACCGCACAUCAUCGUUUCGUAGCCAUAUGGAAAAGGUUAUUGUUAUUGGUUUUAUCAUAAAAUCAAUUUGUUAUUAAUUAAAUUAUUGUCGAGACUUUUUAAAUGAAUUUCAAGAAGAAGUAACAUAUAUCUUGGCAACAGAGGGUCGGACGAAAUAAAAUGAGUGGCCACAGGAAAAAAAAUAUGUGAGCCAGCAAAAAAAAACGCAUGAAAAGAAGAAAUGCUGCUGUAAAAAUAGGAUGUUUGAAGGCAGUGUUUAUACUAGAAAAAAAAGAAAAGAUUGAAGAAAGAAAAAAAACAGUAAAAUAGAAAAACCUACAAUCGAGAAAAAGCGUAACAAAAAAUAGAGAAUAUUUCUGUUAGAUCAUUACUAUUAGCGUUCCAUUUCUUCGCUCACACAUUUUCCACCGAAAUCAAUCGUAAUCAAUCGAAAUCAAUAGCAGAACGAGAGCAAAAACAGCGGAAAGCUACUAGGCACUACUGAAACAAGUAAAUAGGGGACAGACAGUUGAGGGGAAUAAGUACCCAUGGUCGCGAUAAUUUGCGAUGAAACCAGACACAGUAAAUUCGAUUUCAUCUCACAAAAAACGACAAUGAGUUUUACUGUUUUAAGUAUCGUUUUUUUUAACGAUGUAGAAAUCGAUGCACCGAAAGAAAAGUGGACGGAAAACGUACUAUUUCUAAGCCAAAAAGCAAUAAUUCGCAACAGCUGGGGAUCGGGGAGAGUACCAAAAUAAAAGAAAAAACAGAAAACUCAUGGAAGUUGAAAUUAUUAAUUUGCAACAUUUCGAAAAGUGAAUUCUCACUGUAAUAGCCAGAGGAUAACAAGAAUUAAAAAUAGGUUCAGAUUCAAUUCGAAGAUCGCCACGAAAUUUCUUUUAAUUCAAUACCACACUCGAGAAAUAGUAUGAGAACAUAAUGUUUGAGUUCGAAUAGUUUCUAUUUUCAUGAGACUACCUCUAAAAUGUCUCUCAACAAAGUAACAAAGUAUUUAGAAUCAACCUUCGAUUUUCAAAUUCAAACGAAAUCAAUCCCGAAAUCCUAAACUGAAUCUUUAGGUACAAUCCGCAGCAAACAGCUCACUAUUUGAACUGAGUCACGAUGAACCUCAAUCCGCAAUCAGCACUAGCGCUAACGAUCGAUACGAAGCAGAAACUCACACACAAACUAGAAAGAGAAAGAAAAAAACGAAUAAAACAAAUUCGGAAGAAAGAAAAUCUCCUUAGCUAAAAUGAUUUUUCAAAACUAUUUAGACGAAGAUUAGCGAACGAAACAAAAAAAACACACACGGGAAGUAAGUUAAAGCAAACAAAAAAAAAAUCAACCAAAAUAAGUAAAGCACUAAAUUCUAGAUGUUAAGACAUUGAACAAGAUUAACUUUUUUAGUUCUUGUUUAUAGCGGAAAAGUAAGGAAAUCGUAUUUAAAAUUAAAAAUUAAAGUCUUUAUCUUUCUGUUCAAAAAUUAUUGUCGCGUUGCAACCUUUCAAAACUGCGCCUUCGGGACGAGGCAUUACGGGAUGUGCGUCCCGCGGUGUCCACUCGAGGUCGGGUUGGCCAAAGGAGUGCACGCGAGUAAAGUGAAAAUUUCUAAAUUAAUAAUCAGACAUGCUAAGAUCGAGGGUUAUAUUAAUUAAUGGAGUUAAGUGGAAGAUGAGAGGAUGUAACAAGAGAAGAAAAAAAAAGUAAUCGCGAAAGUCUUAUCGUUAAGAAAAUAAAAACGGGAGGGGACAAGGGAAUAACAAUAUCCGCACGCAGCGGACGCCCCCUACGAAGCGAGUGGGAGACGAGGGGAGCCGGGACGCUUUUGUACAGGUGUGAGAUAGGAACCAAACCAACCAAGGGCUUUAAUGUGGGGUGCGAGUUGCUACAAGCAAAAAAGAAAAUGAGCCGAGAGCACGAGAACCGAGCACGAGAAAGAACACAAUAUUGGUAGCUUCUUUCGAGUUUGGGUAGUAGCGUUAUUACUUAAGAAGUUGGGCAGAAAUGGGUCUGAAGGCCGAGAUGGCAAUGAUCAACGGGCCGAAUUAGUGUGUGUAUGACCACCCCCGCGAAUCCGUUAUGGGACAUGUAAUGUGAGAACGUGAGACAAGAGAUAACUGUUAGGAAAUCAUGCUGAAGGCAAAGAAACGUGGAAGUCAAGUAAAAAUUUAUCAACAGCAGCACGACUGUGAUAUAUAAUAAAAAAUAUAUUUAAAUUAUUAUUAUUAAUUAUUGAAUAAUUAUCGAUUAAAAUACUGUAACUACUAACUAGCAAGACGAAAAGAAGGAGAAUGCGGAGAACAAGCGGCUACUUACGAAAAAAAAGGAGAACACGAUUCCUUUGAGACAUCAUAUACCCUGCGAGGUGCAGCGCCGGUAGAAUCUGUUUUGAUAAUUUGGACAUCGGGGUGAGGAUUGAAAAUUGGUAGGAAAGGAUAUUUAAUUGACGAUGUAUUCAGAAAAAUGAAAAUUUGUAUGUUUUUAAUGGAAUAAAUUAAAAGCGGAACUCGUUCUGCGAUAGAGAUUUAGUGAAAUAAAUAAUCAGUGGGCAGCGAU